UCAGCCUAGAAAUGGUCAGACUAAAGUAGUCUUCUUCCCUAGUAGAUAAAUCGACUUUCCAGUCAGACACAGAUAGAAAAAAAAACUAGUCAGACGGAAGUAGAAAAUCCACUUUUAUUCAGACUAAUCACUAGCCUCGAUUUUGCACAGACAGGUUGAUAAAUUAUGUUUAAGUCAUACGCGCGAUUAAAAUCGUAUAUUAACAUCGUAAAGAAGGCAUUCAUGUCCACCAGGGUGCAUGCAGAUAAAUCGGGGAAUUCGAGCAGAUCCGAAACUCGACCGAUCCCAUUGCGGAAUGGAAGCGGAUAGAAGGGUGUCCGAGUGGGCUAGUGCGCGCCUCCCUCUGCGCAUCCCUCUACGCAGGGUAUCAGGGGCGGCGAGUCGGCCGCCUCGGCAGUACUCGGGAUGCUUCGGGCGGGCUCGGAGCGCGGGAGGGCGCGCACCACUGGCAGUCGUCGAGCUCGAGCAGUUCGGGGCCGUUCGACGCGGCUCGGUUCGGUCAGUACGCCCCCGCGCCGUCGACCGGGCCGCACGUCGAUGCUCGUCGCCGCGCCGUAGCGGGACCCGCGCAGCCACCGUCCCCGCGUCCCGCUGCAGGGUCGUCGGCGGGGUCGUUCGUUUCCCGGUGGCCGCGGUCCCCGUCGAAAGGGCCACUUCGGAACCGAGGUCUACCUUAAAUCCGGAAAUCAAAGAAGAGGAACUCACCAAUUACGAGAAACUGCCAACGUUACCACGAAAUCAAGAUCCUGCCAAAGAUACCUUACCCCCGAGUGAUCGCCAAUCGCAUUAGUCGUUAACGACCUUAGGUUAAGAGAUUUCGAGGAGGCGUUCAUUAUAUAGGAUAAAGAGGGGAGCAAGAUGAAGAAAGUAGCGCCAAACUCGAGUUAGACCGGAGAGACCGGUGGGAUGGUGUCGGGGUGGUGCCCCUGCGUUCCCCUAGGGCGCCGGGAGUCCCCGGCGGCGACGGGGAAUUCAAACUGCAGCUACGGCGCCCCCUUCUCCGUCAGCGCCGCGACCGACCGCGCGGAGAUGGUUCAAAUGUUCUACUACGAGAACCGCGGCAAGUGCUGCAAGAAAUUGCUUAGAUACAACGGAUAUACGAACAAGGUUCUCCUUUUCCCCGAAGAAGGCUGGGCAAGAAGUGCAAGUAGUUCCUAUUGGACCCUGACGCCAUUUUGGUGGAGCAGGAAUCGGUGUAAAGUUGUCGAGGUCGCCGGAACCAGAAGGUACAGCACCCAGGCCAAAAUGGUGGACACGGGUACUGGCACACUCUACAUUAUAGGUUCCUUCAAAAGAAUGACAACGGAUCCAGAUUUCAAGUUAUACCUGACGUCCAACGUCUCGUCGAGCGACUUCAACAUGGGCUACAGCAUGACGGGCACCUUGGAGCGUGGCUGCAAGAAGACGAACAGCUUCCAGAUGACGCAUUUCGCGGUAAUAAGGCGACGUGAUUACGAGAAGGCCUAUGAGAACUCCAAUCCCACCUAGUGCCCGUCCAUGCCCACGCUCUGUGGGGACUGCGAAAGCUGCACUUAAGGCGUAGCUUGAGUAUUUUUACCGUGACAGGGUUCUCGAGCCUCGCCUUUGCGGAGAGGUGCAGGUCUCGUGAGAAAAUUCGGUACCAGGGAUGUUCUAAGCCGCUCCAUCGAAGCCUCCUUGAGAUGUGUCGAUCACUGAACCGAGCAGUGUACCUGGAAUUCGUCGAAAAGCUGGAUUAUCCCGGUUUUUAGAUGUCUUUCAAAUUUUUUAUUUUUUUUCAUAGGCUCGCGGGUCGUCUAGCGAGCGAACUACUUAUGAUUUAAUUGCGGUACAAGCACUCGUGCGCGAACAUAACCUCUGAUAAUCUCGAAGGGAGUUUACGAAGAGGUUAUGGUGGUCCAGCGAGGCAGAUUUCCAGGGGAAACCCUGAAGAGACCUUCGUAGUGGUCGACGGCGACGAGGGUGCAUCUGGAGCGGCGUAAUUUUAAGAUUGUACCGCGCCAAAAGAGAGAUUAUAACGUCCGUAAUAGUCUUUAUUAAUUUUAAGGGAAAUCAAUUGGCACGUUGACGGACCCUCGAGGAGGUUAUCCGGAAAUGCGCGCAGUGUAAUACCUAAAAGUGAAGAUAAGUUACAUGGGUGUUAAUGCCAACGAGUCCUUUGCCAAAGUACUAGAGUAAGUCUGCGACAAUGAUUUUUCAAAGUGUGAGUACAUGUGGAAAAAAAGUGCGUCCUUUCUUUCGUACACGUUUUUGCGCGUAUACAUGCAGUGUUUCACGAGAGAACCAGAUCUAUAUGAAUAUAUUAUAUACACGAGUAAUAUAAUUGUAAUCCCGUGACGAGUCGUGAGGUCACAAUUGCAUUUCCUUCCGAGUCACCAACACCUAGGUGCGUGUUUUGUUGUAAGUAAGGUAUUUCCAAAGAUAAUAGAGUACUCGACGUUUUCUCUCAAGUUCCAUAUAAAUGUUUGAUGGUUUUAAUAGGUAUUUUCAAGUGAAGGAAUUGCUCAGACGUAGAAUCUCGAGGCUAAGAUAUGGCUCGAUACGCUGUCCCCUUUUUGUUUAGCCCGUUGGGCAAGUUAAUCUAAUUUAUUUGUUGAAUUGUUGUAGUCCUUAAUGAGUAUAAAUUAUUAGUCGGAGAAUAGAUGCCAAUUAGAAGAGUUGCGUUACUUUUGGCUGGUCCAACGUUUCGGUUUCAAUCCCUGUAGUUUGAUCGAGUGGUAGACAUUAAUUACGCAACGCGUAGUUUGCCUCCGAUCUAUGUGCGUAAGCCGAAUUGACACAUAAUGUUCACGGAUUGUAGAGUACGAUAAGUAUAUGAAGCAGGAGUUGUCAAAACAUAGAGUGACGAUGUUUUACAUGAUAUUUAUUUUUGCUAAGAACCAGGAAUUCUGUCACGUCUAUAUGACUCGCCCUCGUCAAAAUUGGGCGUUUAUUUAUUUGGCAUAUACUAUGUAUAGAUAAGAGGUCCUCAAAAUUAGGGAAGUACGUCUUAUAUUUAAUAACUCUCCCAUUGUAGCUUGUGACUGAUUUUCUCACCGAUGCUCUCGAUAUGAUGAUUCAAACUCUUGGCACGAUAAGUUUACUAGCUGUAAUCGACACUACGCUUCGUAGUGAGGAAUUAUUAUGCUCGUGCGAAAAUCUCUCUUUUGUAAUCACUUAAUAAGGUCACGAACGCUCGUACUACCUCAAAAUAAUGCGCUGACGUGACCACAAUACAUUAUAAUGCAAGUGAAAUUACGCAGGAAAUAAUUUCGAUGAACACCACCAAAGACAAGUUACAUUAAAGAACAAUAACGAUGAAACAGUGUUAGAGGUAUGAUUACGUAGCAAUUUCUUUUUCAGCAAAGUGAAUUGACAGUCUUAUGGGAAUAUUUUAUACACAACUAUACGCAACAUGUAUUACCGUGGUUAAUUAUUUGCCUGCGGAAUUUCACAUACCGCAAAGUGGGAUUGUUUUAACGGUGGUAAUCGUCGACAGAAAGUGCUAAAAUAUUUUUCUUUCGUCUGUGCUUAGGAACGUGCUCGUGCGAAGGAGAUUUAAGCAAAGCAUGGAAAUCUAGUACAAAAAAUAAGGGAAAACAAAAAAAUUACAAUCGCUGCAUAAAUUUCUGUAGGUUCGAGGCAGUCCUGCUUUGUGGUAUCCUUCCUUUUACAAUAAGUGUAAUUAAAUAGUAAUAUCGAAUACUUCUUCUAAGGUAUGUAUUUCGUCACAGACGUACUGUCAUGUUCAACGAACAAUUCGAUUUUUCGUCCAUAGAUGCACGGUGAGAUAAAAUAUUUUUUUAUAUCAUGCAUCCCUGUGCAUCGACGAAGAAUUGCAUUCACCUUGGAAAGCCGUCGUGGCAUUUUUCCUCAAUGGCAUACUGCUAAGUACGGUUAAAAGUAUUAGCAAACCGAUUAAUUUGCAACUUCACAGACUAUCUCACAUGAAACAUUUUAAACGGUGAGAAACGCAGGCAUUGUCGGAGCAUGCUUUCGAUUAUAAUCUACAAAUAAGCACACCUUUAAUAUCUCGUUACGCUCUGUAAUAGGGUUAUGAAAAAAUGGGGAAGAAAAGACAUUAUGCCGUCUCGAGGUGGAACACUCGCUUGAUAUAAAUGUGCUUCACAUUGUGCACCGAAUUCUCCUCGUUUUAACCGGCCAAUGCAACUUGAGAAAACCGUUUCUUUUCGACGUAGAGGUUAAACUGUAGGCUCAAUGGCGACUUUAAAAGUGAGGUGCGAACUCGGGCCUUAAACGGUCAAUUUUUGCUCAAGUAUGUUAGAAUUUCACGGCGAAGCUCAAGUUCGAUGGUCGUACACUUUUCCUAAGAUCGAAGACACGCUCAGAAAAGAGACGCAUAACGACUACGGUCGUUGUUGGAAAUGAUUUCCACUGGUGCUACUUUUUCUAGGUUUUCUUAUAUUCUCAAGUCCAUUAUGCAAACGCAAACGAAUUAAAGAGAACGAUAAUACCGAAAAUACAGGGACGAAGGGGGGUGAGAAACGACGUAACAUCUUUGAUGUAAGGGAACGGUUUAGAUUAAACAAAGCGAAUGUACAAA